AUGACUGUCACAAACUACCAAGAUCGGAUGAGGGAACUGGGUUUGGCCCUGCCCAUCGAUCCGGAGGCGGCGUCCCGCUGGCGAGCCGCGCCCCGGCUGGACACGCUACACGACAAAGUCGGGGGCUUUUUGGGCAACCGCAAAGCCAAUGCAGAGCUCCUGUUGCAGAACCUGGGCGAGCGGCUGGCCAAGGACCUGGAACUGGGCGACAUCGUCGCCGUGGACAAGUACGUCUAUUCCCGGCCGGCCGCCGAUGAGAUAAUAAGCGAGCUUUCCGAGCGGUGCGACUUCGUGGUCACCGCGAUUGCCGAUUGA